UAUAAAUGAACAUUACUGAAUCACAUUGAAAAAUUAAACCAAGAGCCCUGAUUCAACAUAAGAAGCCCCGAAUCGCUCAUUCAACGUUGUAAAAACGAUCUUCUCAUCUGAUCUCGGCAGGAAGCCGGUGAGAAAGCGUUCUCUCCUCAUUUUGCGCGCUCUGCCGAUGGGAGCGCGCACAGACGCACGGAGCGAGCGGCCAGGAGAGACAUCCUCUGAGCGCCAUAUCUCAGACCUGACGGACAGUUUUCUGGUGCGCUUCCGAACACCUGCCGUGGGAGGGAAAAAAAACAAAAAGUCCGACUUCUUUACGCAUUUAAAUUCUCGCCCAAAUUGUUGCGAUGGAGUUCCCAACAGUUCCUUCGGAGGACUUUCAGGAGGUCUACUCUUUGUCCACAACUCCUUAUUUAAAUGUCACAUUCCUGGAGGAUCUGCUGACUGAGCCCUCUAAAAGCAACCAAACCAGCGGGAUCGCCGCCAGAAACACCACAAGUCUCAUCAUCGCAGUCUGCAUCACGGCUCUCUACUCUCUCAUCUGUGUGGUGGGACUGCUGGGAAACGUGCUCGUUAUGUACGGAGUGAUCCGGUACACAAAGAUGAAGACUGCCACCAACAUUUACAUCUUCAACCUGGCUCUGGCCGACGCUCUGGCCACCAGCACCCUCCCCUUCCAGAGUGCCAAGUACCUGAUGAGCACGUGGCCCUUCGGCGAGCUCUUGUGCAAAGCGGUCAUCGCCAUCGACUACUACAACAUGUUCACCAGCAUCUUCACCCUCACCAUGAUGAGCGUGGACCGCUACAUCGCUGUGUGCCAUCCCGUCAAAGCCCUGGACUUCCGGACGCCUGCCAAGGCCAAGCUCAUCAACGUGUGCAUCUGGAUCCUCUCCUCCGUCGUCGGAGUGCCGGUGAUUAUCAUGGCGGCCACCAAGGUGACAGACAAAGGAAACACCGCCUGCAUGCUCCGAUUUCCUAAGCCGGAAUGGUACUGGGACACGCUGAUGAAAAUCUGCGUGUUCAUCUUCGCCUUCGUGGUGCCAGUCCUCGUCAUCACCAUUUGCUACGGCCUCAUGAUCCUGCGGCUGAAGAGCGUCCGGCUCCUGUCCGGCUCCAAGGAGAAGGACAGGAACUUGCGGCGCAUCACACGCAUGGUCCUGGUGGUCGUGGCGGCUUUCAUUGUCUGCUGGACCCCCAUCCACCUCUUCAUCAUCGUCAAGACCAUCGUGGAGAUCGACCACAGGAACCUUCUGGUGAUGGCCAGUUGGCACCUGUGCAUCGCCCUGGGCUACACCAACAGCAGCCUGAACCCCAUGCUGUACGCCUUCCUGGACGAAAACUUCAAGAGGUGCUUCAGAGACUUCUGUCUGCCGUACCGCUCCCGCUCGGAGCAGAGCAGCUUCUCCAGAGCGCGGAACAGCGCGAGGGAGCCCGUGUCUGUUUGCGCGCCUGCAGGGGCGCAGAGGGCGCCUGGCUGACUAAGCGCGGAUCAGUCAGAGGAGGAAGAGGGUCAGGAUGGACCGCAGACUGAUGACACACAGUUCUCCACCACAGGAGUCUGAGACUGUGACCUUCAAAUGAACCGUGGAUGGGGUUCAUGUCGUGAAUCUUUGACUGAAACGUUAUUUGGGAAUUGUCUUUGAAACAUGUGAAUGCCUGCUGAUAAGAAACCCAGAUAAACCAACAUUUUGUGUGGGCUAACUAUAAAAAAAACAUAUAAAUCACAAAAAAAAUCAUUAAAAAACAAGUAAUUCAGCACUUUAUCUCCGUGCAUCAAGAAUAUUUUUUUCUAAUUUGAUAUGUGGGAGCUUCACAAAUCCAAUAUAGGUGAGCAGCACUCAUUCAGAGUGUUAUCAGUCACGUGUUGACUACAUUAAAAGGCAAAAUUGAGAUCUGAAUGGCUUUAAGGAGUAUUUUAUGGCCAGUUUGGGGACCUGUGAUUGUGUAUGAUUGGACAAAUCAGUGUAAUCAACACUCACCCCCAAAUUACAUGUUGUAUUUGAUGAUAAUCGCAUGUCUUAGAUAACAAUCUGGCCUGAUAGAUAAUUUCUUCCUGUAAGAACAGCAGAGAGGAUUUAACUUAAGAUCCCAGCGAUGGCUCAAAGUAAUGCACAGUUUUGAAUUUAAAUGUCAUAUCUGAUCCAAUUUAAGAUGUCCAAAAAUGACUUUCUAAUCCAAAAUAUUGUAGGAACUGGUAAAGGACAAAGGACUACAAAGCUGUCAAUUUAACAACAUUACGGUUAAGAUCACUUUGUUUUUAAUAAUCUGAAUCCUUAUCAGAUUUUUAGUAGAUGGUGAAGAUUUUCUUUUUGCCAAAAGCUUUAAACCAGGCAGUAGUUUCAAACAACUUCAUCAAAGAGUGAAAAGAACUAUAAAUGCCAUUUAUGUUUAUUCGCUUCUCCAUUUAGAAAGCAGUGAUACAACAACAGCAAGCCUAAUUUUUUUAUCAAUAAAUAAAAAAAUGAAAAUUAAAAAAAGCAGUAAUUUUCUGAAGUAUAAUUUUAGUACGUUAGCUUCUGUACUAUGUUCUGUCUCUUUAUUUCGAUUGGAUAGUAGCUCCCAAAACUGUCAUUCUACAAACCUUAGCUCCAAUUGAGUUGAUUACUAAAUUGUCACACUGCAAACAUUUAAAAGAUUUGCUGAAGCUUUCCUGGGGAUCCCCUAGACAGUAUUGUCAUACCACCUCUUUGAUUUAAUGAGAUUCUACCUGUGAAUGUUCAUGUGAGAUAUUUUAUGCACUUUAUCUGGAUUUACUGGAUGUAUUCAGCUCUUACUACACAGAAGCGCCGCCUUCAUGAAUGAGUAGCAAUCAGCUUACAUCGUAUUUUACAUCGUAUGCUGAAUGAAAUGUAAAUAUGGGGCUCUCUAAGGGCCAAUAAUAAUACUAGUGUGGUUUUAGAGCUUUUAUUUGAUUAUGUUUAUGAACAAAUAAGCUGCAGUUGGGUAAACAACUGUGUAAUUAUUAAUGCUGUAAAUAUUGAUUCUCUAAUUUAAAAAAAUUUAUUCUGUCACAUUAAUGGGUUUUUCCUAUUUUUCUGUCCAUAAUUUAUAUAGGAGCAUUUAAACUUAGCAGCAAAAGUAAUUAAUCUGUGGUUGGUUGAUUAUUUCUGUGUUUUAACAACACUAACUGUAAAUAAAUCUCACACUGUUGUAAAGUCUUUUUACUUCCUCUUAAAUGUUGCCGCGUUUUGUAGGAAAACACAUUUGUGGGUUAAGCAGCGGAGCUAAACCCAUGAAAAACUGCCAAAUCCUCUUUACAGCUCACUCUGCCAUUGGCUGUUUUGUGGUUCGUGGGAUUGGAUGAUUGAAGAUUGAAGUUUGAAGAAAUAGGAAAUAUUGGCAAUUUCAAAAACUUAUUCAUUUACUAAACAGGGGCCUCGGUAGUCUGUGACGAAUCCCACAGUGCCACAAAAGCCAGGAACCUCCACCUCAUGCUUGGUUACACACUAAUGCGGGAUGGCAUCCCAUUCUUUCGCCAGUAUUUUGUCAUAAAUUCAUAAGUCAACCAAUGUGGUUCAGUUGGUCACUUUGGGAGGCACGGCAAACUCAUGUUGCCCCCACAAGUUCAGUGGGGUUGAGGUCUGGUGUGGAGGCAACCUCCUCUCUAGUCCCAAUUUCUGGAGGCUGUAUCUGAACAACACUUCCUGCAGGAGCUGGGUUCGAUUUCCUGGGGGACGUGGCAACCUUUAGGGUGAAAAAAAACAAACAAAAGGCUUUUUAACAGUAUAACAUUUCUUGCCAUUGGGCAUCGUUUUAACAAACAAACAGCAAAAUAGAAAAUAUAUGCUUAGUUUAAAAAAGCACAACUCAUUGAAUGGAUCUUCAGCGGAAGGAACUGUGAUGAUGUUAUUCAAUUAUCUCUUUAGUUUUGACUGUAAAACAGCAAAUUCAUUUAAAGAGAAAAACUAUGUUUGAUCCUUAACAAGUCUGCAUAUGUUUACAGAUAUAUUGUUAUGUUACACAAAUAAUAUAUAUACCGCUUUUGUCUUUGGACCUUUAAGUCUGCUAAGAAAACUGGUAUAGCUUCUUUCUGGUGCUUUUACUUUGAAAUUUGGAUUGACUGUGUUUCCUUCUGUGUGCUAUUUCUAGCUUAUGCUGUUAACAGUAACAAGCUUUGUGGGAGUUCCUUGUGUUAAUGGUAAGCUUUGUUGUUGAUCAUUCUUUGAGUCAGCAUAGCUCUGACUGACACCUGCUGGCCGGAGGGCCACAGUUACGAGGUUUGUGCAAAUGUAAGUCAAUAAAUAAAAAAAAAGAUCAAAUAAGACAGUGAUGCUUGUGGAAUAUUUGGAUCAGUCGUGUAAGGGUUUGUUGCAAAUUAACUUUGAAUAUUAAACCAAACGCCUCUGUAGCCUACUAUGUGCAGUGGAUUAGUAUUGAUCAGCAGCUAGAUGCACUCAGCUGCGUGAAUCAUGAA